UGUUGAAGCCGGUUUUGUGUUGCACGGUGUGCAGGAGAAGGGAUAAGAGUGCUGCUGAGAAAAACAGCCAAGCGUCGGUUUUACCGAGCAGCCCGUCGAAAGCGAGUAAUUUGAGUGGGACAAUCAGCGGAGUUGGGGCCGGGGGGUCCAUGGCGAGCUUUGGCCGGUCGUUUUCGAUGCUAGCGGAGGAUGCUGAUGGCAGCGGCAAUACCCCCUCCG